AUGUCUGACCCGGAGACCUCGGUGAUGGCGGCUUCGUCCUCGCCGUCUCUACCAGCCACCGACGCCAGUGCCCUUAACUACGCAUUUCUCGUUCAUUCCCAAAAGACACUUACCCAGAACCUCCCGCCUCGUGUCGAUAACAAGCUGCUCGCCCGUCAAAAACGGCGCCGAACGAGUCCGGAGGACCACGCCAUUUUGGAAUCUGAGUAUCAAAAGAAUUCUAAGCCCGACAAAGUGUCUCGUACGAAUAUCGUGAAUCGCGUCUCGCUCGGCGAGAAAGAGGUCCAGAUCUGGUUCCAGAACCGCCGCCAAAACGACCGACGCAAAUCCAAACCUUUACAACCUCACGAAAUGCUUGCUCCGCGAUCGAGCAUGUCCGACUCGGUGGGACACCCGUCUAGUGAUGAUAACGCGUCCGCGGAACCUGGGUCGUCAAGUGGGGCAGAGUUGAUGGAUGGCCACAGCCGACCGGAGGAGACUAGGCCAAAAUCCUGGGGAGGCGAUCUAUUGCAAUUAUCUGAUGAACCGGAUAUUAUGACGAGCGAGAGGGACGACCAGGAACCCGAGUUGCCCACACAGUGCACACAAACGAGUGUGGCGACAGAUGCCUUCGAUGACACCCCGCCCACCACACAAGAGGAAUUUCGAGGGGCGGACUCGUGUGAAAAUUUGGACAACAACACAUCGGAUGAGUCACUAUUGCAGGCUACUAAACGGAAGAGAUCCGUUUCUGAUAUAAGGGAGGAGGAGGGAUCACAAGCACAAGAUGAGCAUGUCAAAAAUAUUACAUCAACGCCGACAAAAUCACCGCCCUCACUGCGGUUGUCGAUGUCGUUUGACGGGGAGGCCAUGGUACGGAAAGAAGAUGAGAUGACACCGUCACCGCCAAAGGGUGGGAACGCGUUACGAAUUGCCAUGUCGUCCGAUGGAAAGGCUGUCAUUCGUGCGGAGAACGAGCUAUCGCCGUCCAAAAACCGGGUAGCUAUGUUCUCUGUGCGUCGUACCAAACUCUCAGGACUGCGUCGCAGUAGCAGUGCUAUUUUCCCGGCCACGCCGCGGGCAGCUACGGCCGAGAAGGAUCGAACAUUUGGUCGAUCUCGCGACCCGCGUAACUGGGAGUCAUUCUUUGAUACAGAUGCCCGGAGUGCUCUGUCCACACCUGCUAGCUCUCAAAACGCUCCUAACUCAUCACCUGGUCUCUUUCAAUCUCGUUCUCAGCGUUCUAUUACCCGCAGUGCCUUGUCGACAAGGCAUAGUUUUGUUUCUGUUCAUGCCGAUUCCGCUCAAACACCGAUCUCUCAGUCCAUGGGCGAAAAGAGGCGAAAGCUUGCCCGUACUGUCUCUUCUAUGGGUAGACUAGAGACCGACCGCAACCGGGGUUCUCCAUAUCCUUCAAAACUUUCCAAACAAUCGAUUUCAAAGUCCAGCAAGGCAGACUUAGAACUGGACCCUGGUGACUCCGAUAAAGAAAAUUGGGUUCCCGGAACUCGAGCAUCACAAGUUCGUCGCCGCACAACCUCUCAUACCUCCCGGCAUGCUUUGCGUGAAGCCAAUGGGAACCGGGGGUUAGGGUUACAAAAUACCGGAAAACGCAAUCGACCCUUUGCUUCAGGUACCCAGGGCAAGGUUACGUCAGAGUUGAGUGCAGAGGUAUCUGCGUUCAUGGCUGGUGGAGGAGGUGGAAGUCAAGAAGAUGAUUUGGAUUGUAUCCAGGGUCUCCUAUCGUUGAGUCAAGGAGCGUGGCGAUAG